GAGAGAGAGAGAGAGAGAGAGAGAGAGAGCCAAACAUGUGUACGUUAGAGAAGCGAGGCAGCAUUUUCCUGCUCACACUGACCGGCGCAGAUGAGCACAGGCUUAGCCCAACCCUGAUGGACGCGAUCCUUGCUGCUCUCAGCCGAGUUCGAUCCGAAUCUAAGGAAACUCCUGCUUCUGCUCUGGUCAUGACGGGGGAGGGCAAGUUCUUCUGCAACGGCUUGGACGUUCAAUGGGCAAAAGCGGGCGGAACAGUCGAUUUCAGCGAGCGUUUGCACAUCUUAGGUUCCAAAUUCAAGGCACUCUCUACCGAUAUCUUAUCUCUGCCAAUGCCAACCAUCGCAGCCAUCUCAGGCCACGCAUCUGCUGGUGGCUUCAUAAUGGCUCUGUGCCACGAUUAUAUCCUCAUGAGGAAAGACAGAGGGGUACUCUACCUGAGUGAGCUCGACAUCGGCUUCUUAAUUCCUCGAUAUUACAUGGCGCUAAUACGGUCUAAGGUGGUAUUACCUGCGGCAAGGCGUGAUACGGUGCUUCGUGCGGUGAAGCUAACAGCGGAGGAGGCAUUGGCAAGGGGUAUCAUCGAUUCCGCACAUGGUACGGUGGGAGAGACCGUAAAUGCUGCUCUGCGGUUGGGGGAAGAGUUGGCAAGCAGGAAGUGGAACGGAGAGUUGUACGCACUGAUGAGGAAGACACUUCUUUCUGAGGUGUGGGAUUCGUUUGCCGCUGAAGACUCCAAGUCUAUUCAAAAUUAUAUCAAGGGUAUAGUAGCUUCACGACUGUAA